CGAUUGCGUUAGCCAUCGCAGCUUAGCGGGAGGCUUUAAAAUGCUAAUGUCAGAGGGGGAGAUUAGUUUAGUGAUCGUCCGCGAUCGAGUAGUGAAAGUACGUGUGCAGCAAGAGAUAGGGCAACAAUUGAAAGGAAAAUGCUCAAGUUCGUUUGGAAUGACAGUGGAGCGAUCUUGGUGCUGUUGGUGAUGCUAAUGACCACUGCGGUGACCGGUCAGUACGGUUCGUGUGAUCUGACGUACAAUUACACCAGUGGUCAGACGAGCUAUAUAGAGUCGCCCAACUUUUCCAACUACUAUAUACCGGGCACCAAGUGUCGGUACACAAUAAACGCCCCAGUGGGCCAUACGUUGUACGCGCAGUGCUACGAUAUGUAUCUGCCGUCGAGUACGGGCUGUUACUACGACAAGCUGGCCAUCUCGCGGUUCGGCGAUCCCAAUCUGAGCGAUGCGAUUGUACGCUGCGGAACGACAACAUUCAACGUGGAAAGUCAGUACAACAAGCUGGUGGUGGCUUUGCUGGGGAGCACGAGUACGUCCGGGGGAAGGUUCCGUUGUCAGAUUACGGCGCUCAAGCUUGCCUGCGACUGUGGACGUCACAAAACGCCCACGAUCGUCAACGGAUUCCCGACGCAGGCAAACGAGUACCCGAUGAUGGCAGGAUUAGUGGACAACAGUUUGGCGAAGGUGUUCUGUGGAUCCACAAUCGUUACCGAUCGUCAUGUGCUUACUGCUGCUCACUGUCUGCUGGAUAGAACAGUUACCGGUACAAGCGUUCUCGUCGGCGAUCAGGACAUAAGCACCGGCUCCGACACCCCCUAUUCGUCGCUUUACCGCAUCUCCACCUUCACACAGCAUCCGAGCUAUAAUCCUACUUCUAAAACGAACGAUAUCGCACUGGUGCAAACGUUCAACACGAUCGUCUUUAAUCCGGGCGUCGGCCGGGUGUGUCUUCCGUUUUUCUUCAGCACGUCCAGUUUCGAGAAUGUACGGCUCAGUGCGCUUGGCUGGGGCGCGAUCGACUUCGGUGCUCCAUCGUCGAAUGAGCUGCUGCAGACAACGCUGACUGUGGUGUCAUCCACCAGCUGUGGCACACAGCUCUCCCGCACGAUCCUUGCGUCGCAGAUGUGUACGUUCGCUGCCGGUAACGAUACCUGCCAGAAUGAUUCGGGUGGCCCACUGUACUAUACCGAUCCGAACAGCCAACUGGUCUACAGUAUCGGUGUGGUAGGGUUCGGUGUGGCCUGCGCAUCGAGCUUCCCGAGUGUGAACACGAGAGUUACGUCGUAUCUGGAUUGGAUCAGUAGUACCACAGGGUAUACGUUCUGUGAGAAGUAAUUCGGGUUUAAUAGUGAUAAUACAGUGCGAGUAAUGGUAAUAAGUAAGAUUCUCUUGACGUUGAGUUAUAAGUGGAAUACAUAUUCAAUUGUAGCUAGUUAUGCUUGAGAUCCAUUUUGUCUUGGUAUGAUUAAAGAUUAUAAGUAUAGACAUUGGAAAUAUCAGCUGUAAUGGAUCGUCUAAACGUUGUUCUGUAAUUUUAAACUAUAAUCGUCAUAAUCAUAAAUUAAAAGAUUUGUUUAAAUAUGGGGUUGCCACAGCCAAGCUACACGUUCCGGACGACAUUGGACGAUGCAAUAAAUCCGUUAAUGACAACUGUAGAAUCUCAUACCAAAAUUCAAUGCACGGCAAAUACGUAAAAAGGGAUCAGAAUCGCCAAUGCAGGCUUCUUUCUUAGGGACAAUCAUCUAAGUCAAGCAACGACCUGGGUCGGAGCGAUGGGACAUACAAUUUUAGGCUGGAAAGUAGCGCCGGUAAGUCAACAGAGUUGUCCAGCAGUUCCACGACAAAUAAUCUCUGGGCAUUGCAAUUGCGUUGCCAGCAUAGUACUGAAGCGUAUUCCAGCAUUUGUCACAAUCAGUAACGGUUAUCAGUGAAAAAAUUAAAUAAAUCUCAUAAAAAUUAGUAAAAUGACAACUAUAAGCUAAAACAUAUUGUUACCAAAGUGUGUUGCAAAUGUAGAGUCUACUGUACUUCAUAGUUGUAGUAUUAACACAAAGAGCAUGCAAUUUAUGUUCCCAAUGUUGUCAGCAGUAUACAGUAAAGCGCUCGCACUGUGAAACAGGUGUAUUAUACUUGGCUUUUUAAAGCAUCUCCAAUGUUCAAAGGUGGUACUCGAUUAAUACGAGUUACGCAGAGGAGUGGCCAUGUAAAACUAUAUUUAUUGCAAAAUAUAUGUUGCAACGAUUUCCUGAAAUUAAACGAUAUCAGAAUUAAAAUGGCAUAUAUUACAAUGUAGAACAAAAGAACUAGUAUUGGAUUUCAAUCCUAGAACACCACAGAACACCAGAGAAUCUCAAGUCAAAAUACAGUGGAGGUACGUAUGAUACGCUUAUUAAGUCUCCAAAGUAUCUUAAAGUAUUGUUGCUUAUUUGACCGAAUCACGUUUAGCAUUUGUCUAAAUUUGUACCAAGGAAAGUAU